UCUCAUGGGUUACCGUGGAAAUGGAGUCUGUCGCCAUCCCUAAUCCGAUGAUGAUGCAGGUGUUGAUUGUUGUAGAAGAGAGAUGCCUGGACUGAUGGCUGGUGAGUGACAGAGGUGCUCUGCAGUUGGGAAGUUGGUGCAGGAGUAGCAGGUGAGCACGCAGGUCUUGGCCCCCCUGAACUCGGUCGCUGCUGAUCACAAGUUCACAACUCGCAUCGAGUUGGGUGUGCAGUUGCAGGUAGAGCAGAGCCUGAAGCUGCAACUCGGACGUGCCUGCUCUGGUUUUCAACCUGGAGGGACGGACUGAGGGAGGCUGCAAACCCCGUCAACACUCAACAAGUAGCCCCGUCAAGCCGGAACAGGAUCCCCUGCUUCACAUGACUUCCCUCCGCUGCGAGGACGCCGGCGCCACGGCGGAUGGGAUCCCCGGCCGGGCGUUCAAUGCGCUGCCGCUCUCCGGCGUGCGCGUGGCGCUCGCCGAGGGCGGCCGCGCGCUCUGCUCGCUCCGCGUGCCCGCCCACCUCACCGACGCGCAGGGGAACUGGCACGCUGGGGCCAUCGCGGCGGCGGCGGACGACGUGUGCGCCGCGGCCAUCAUGUCCGUCGAGGGCAUCGUCAAGGUCUCCGCCCACUACGACAUCUCCUACUACUCCCCGGCCAAGCUCCAUGAGCACUGCUCUUCCAUUUAAGAAGGGAGAAAAAUCUAAAGAAAGUUUACAGAAGGUUUGAUUACAGGGGAAACAAUCGAAACGCCUCUGAUAACUAACAUGACCGAACUAUCCUAGCUACGGCUGUCAGCAGGCCAUUGUGCGAAGGGAGACCUCCUCCUUGAUGAGCCUGAACACCUGCUCCAUUUCGUACUAAGUUCAUCUUGCAGCAUUUUUUGCAAUUGCAUUGAUUAUAUUUUGUGGAUAAUCUAGAUUGGUAAAGGAGCAUAUAUUGACCAAUAAAUUAGACUGGAUUAGAUUGUGUGUGUGUGGGGGGGGGGGGGGUAUGUGCAGAAUUGAAUAUGUUUAUAUUCUGAAACUAGGCCUAAAAAUAUAUUCUGAAGGUAUAUUAAAUUAUUAAUUCCUUUGCAUUGUUAGGGCGGCAAUUAGGUUGCGCUGCGGAUUGGCAAAGCUCAGGGAGGAGCCGAGCUGGCGGGGGCUGACCCCCCGUCCCAAAAAAAAAAAGGCUUUACUCUAAGGGUGGAGUUAGCCUAUUUAUAGCAUCAAUGAAGGCUGGAGCAGUGAUAAAAAUUAGGCUUUUUAAAAAAAAAAUAGGUUGCACUUUUAAGUAGCUUCAACCAGCAGAAACAUCUGGUCUGGCUAGAUUGAAUUACCUAUAUGGCUAUAUCAGAUUUGAUUGUCCAGUUAGGCCCAAUUUCAGUAAAGCUGCUUUUUGAGCACCAAGCAUUUGAUUAGUAGUACCUAUGAUUUUAACCAAUAUUUGUAAGGAUCUGUUUGGUAGAGUUUUUUCUGAUCUAAAUUCUCUGUGGGGAGUGA